CCCGGUCCGAGCUCCACAGCUGGCGGACAGACACGAUGGGAUCCCCCGGACUCUGGAGCUCCGUGCUGCUGGCCCUCUUCCUGCUGGGGCUCCAUCACUCCGCCGCUUUCUGGAUCGUCAACGUGGUCUUCCCACCAAACGCCAAACCCAGACCGCCCAGCAACAGCACUCCACCUCUCAUCAUCGUACCAGGGAACCUGGGGAACCAACUGGAGGCGAAGCUGAACAAGCCGUCCCUGGUCCACUGGAUGUGCUACAAGAAAACCGAGAACUGGUUCCCCCUGUGGAUCGACCUCAACAUGCUCAUGCCUAUAGGAGUGGACUGCUGGAUCGAUAACAUCAGACUUGUUUAUAACCGGACGACUCGGCGGUCUUCCAACUCCCCAGGGGUGGAGGUUCGGGUGCCAGGAUUUGGGCAGACAUAUCCCAUAGAGUUUCUGGAUAUCAACAAGCUGGCUGGUUAUUUUUACACAAUGGUGCAACAUCUGGUUAACGCGGGGUACGUUCGAAAUGAGACGGUCCGCGGAGCUCCAUACGAUUGGAGAUUAGCUCCAAAUGAAAAUGCAAAGUACCUACAGAUGCUGCAGGACCUGGUGGAGGAUAUGUACGAGCAGUACCAGAAGCCGGUUUACCUCCUGGGACACAGCAUGGGCUGCCAUUACGUUCUCUAUUUCCUCAACCACCAGCCUCAGGCCUGGAAGGACAAGUACAUCAAGGGUUUCAUUUCUCUGGGAGCACCAUGGGGGGGCGCUGUGAAGGUGCUGAGAGUCAUGGCCUCAGGUGAGAAUGACGGCAUACCGAUGCUUUCCACCAUUAAAAUCCGCGAGGAGCAGAGGAUGAUGACGACCAACCCGUGGAUGCUGCCGUCUGAGAGCGCCUGGCCCGACGACCACGUCUUCAUCUCCACACCCACCUUCAACUACACCAACAGGGACUACCAGCGCUUCUUCUCCGACAUCAGCUUCGAGGACGGCUGGUACAUGUGGGAGGAGACGAAGAACCUCACUAGUGAUCUCGUCCCGCCCGGUGUGGAGGUUUGGUGCAUGUACGGUGUGGGACUUCCAACUAUCGUAAGGUACAUUUACGACGAGGAGUUCCCCAACGGGGACCCGGUGGACUUUGCCUACGCCGACGGGGACGACACGGUGGACAGCUACAGCAUGGGCCUCUGCAAACGCUGGAUCGGGCAGCAGGAGCAGCCCGUUCACGUGACGGAGUACCGAGGACUGGCCCACCUGGAUAUGGUGUUUCAUGAAAAAGUGCUCGAACAAAUCCAGAAUAUCCUGGAGGGCAAGUCAGACACACCCGAAGAGAUCGAAGUCAGGUAUUAG